AUGUCCAAAAGAUCAAAAGGUCAACGUUCAACUUCCAAUAAUGCUCCUACCAUCAUAUAUAAUGCAAAUAAUCACAUUCAGAGAUAUCCGUUAUAUGACGUUUCAAAUGCUUCAGUUCUAAACACCAAGUCAGUAGAGGCGGCUCAUAGGCGUAAAUUAAGGAAGCAAUAUUUGGAUACCAAAAAAUCAAAUGGUACUGAGCGAGGAUAUCCGUUAGCUAACAUUUCAAACUAUUUGAAUCCCAACACUAUUAAAAUGGAGGCUACUUAUAGACGUAAAUUAAGAAAGUUGUAUUUGGAUAAUAAAAGAAAAAAUACCACAUCAGCGCUUUUGAAAGAUCCAACGAACUCAUCAACUCAAUAUGCAACUCAAUCAUCCAAUAAUCAACGAUAUUGUGUUCCUUCUGCGUCUGUACGUUCAACCAACAACGCAAUACGUGACGUGCUAAUAUCUCCGGUAUCUUGCGUUUCAAAUGCCCCCGUGCUAAGAACGCCGCUCUCUAACAUUACAAAUGUGGCAAUUCCCAGCACUUCAAACAUUGAACCUGCUCAUAUGCGUAAAUUAAGAAAGCUACACUUGGAUAGUAGAAGAUCUAAUACGAUUUCACCAUCAUCAAAUCUAAAUUUGAAUUCGUCACUUAACCUUACAACUCCAUCAUCCGAUAAUAGACAAACUUCUAUAUCUUCAAAUCGAGUCGCAUCCACCAGUGAUUCGACGUUAACAGAAGAUUUUUCUUUACGACGAUUACCAUCACGGAAACGUAAGUCGGUCACCAAUUCACGAAUAACAUCUCCUAUACCAAUGUUUGACUUGACAUUAGAUGGACAAUUUUCUAUUCAAGAAAUUAUUGAAGACCCCUCAAAAGGCAUCUCUAAAGAUUACUUGGAUCACGGUGAUCAAACUGUUACAUGUGAAAUGUGUAACGCAAAAUUAUGGGAACAUAAAGCUUCUAGGAGUCAAGACAUGCAUGGAAAAACAACAUAUUUGCAGUGUUGUGCUUAUGGCAAAGUUGAGCUCCCCCCUUAUAAGGAUGCAAGAGCCAACUAUAAAAGUCUAUUUUUGUCUGCUGAUUCUAAAAGUAAAUACUUUUUGAAGAACAUACGUCGUUUCAACUCAAUGUUCUCUUUUACUUCAAUGGGUGGCAAGGUUGAUAACAAGAUAAAUCGAGGUAACGCACCGUAUGUGUACAGACUAAGUGGUCAAAAUUAUCAUAGCAUGGGAAGUCUUCUACCUGAGGACGGAGACGAACCUAAAUUCUCACAACUAUACAUUUAUGAUACCGAAAAUGAAGUUGAAAACAGAAAAAAUUUGUUUAGUGGAUCAAACUCUUCGUCGUCAUCAAAUUCUGAUGUUCUUGAUCGUGAAAUUAUAAACCAUCUCAAGUCCAUGUUAGACUCAGACAACGCUUAUGUCAAAUCAUACAGGAUGGUUAGAGAUUGUUUUAAGGAAAAUACUCACGUUCAGAUUAAACUACGACUUAUUGGGAAAAGAGAUAAAGAUGGUAGGACAUUCAAUCUACCAACUGCUCCUGAAGUUGCUGCCCUGAUUGUUGGUGACAUUGAUAAGGAUUUUGAAAAGAGAGAUAUUAUUGUAGAAACUAAAACAGGACGACUAAAACGUAUAAGUGAACUACAUGCUUCGUACCUUCCUCUUCAAUAUCCGCUUCUUUUUCCGUAUGGUGAUGACGGUUACAGGGUUGACAUUCUUCAUAGAGAUGUUAUUUCGGUAGAAAAAAGUAAGAGACCAACGUGCACAAUGAGAGAAUUCUUUGCGUAUAGAAUUCAAGACCGUCAAAAUUACUUCUCAUUGAUUUUAAACUCAAGGAGGCUUUUUCAACAAUUCUUGGUUGAUGCAUAUACCAUGAUUGAAAGUGAGAGACUCAACUUCAUACGUUCUCAGCAAAAGGUGCUUAGAGCUGACACAUACGAUAAUCUUUCUAACUUGCAAGAUGUUGAAGAUACAAAUAUGGCUAAAAAUGGACAACGUGUGAUAUUACCUUCUUCUUUUACUGGUGGUUCUCGGUACAUGACGCAGAACUACUUAGAUGCAAUGUCUCUAUGUAAAUGUUAUGGAUACCCGGACUUUUUCAUAACUAUAACAUGUAAUCCAAAGUGGCCCGAAGUUAGUAGAUUUCUCAAAGACACCACAGUUAACCCUGUAGACAGACCUGAUAUACUAUGUAGACUAUUUAAAAUCAAGCUUGAUGCAAUAAUCAAGGACAUAAAGGAUAAUUCAUUAUUUGGCAAGGUUGAUGCAGUUGUUUAUACAGUGGAAUUUCAAAAGCGUGGUUUGCCUCAUGCUCAUAUAUGUUUAUUCAUGAACCUUAAUGACAAGCUUCAUACGGUUGAGCAUGUUGAUCCAUUUAUAUCUGCUGAAAUUCCAAACAAAGAUGAAGAUCAUGAGUUGUAUUCACUUGUACGCGAGUUCAUGAUUCACGGACCUUGUGGCAGUUAUAAUAUGAACUGUCCAUGCAUGAUCGACAAAAAGUGUUCAAAGAACUUUCCUAAGAAAUUCUCUGAUUACACGUCUCUUGAUGCAAAUGGUUUCCCUUUGUAUAGAAGAAGAGAUUCUGGAAGUUUUAUUGAAAAGUCCGGUGUUAAGUUAGACAAUCGAAGCGUGGUUCCUUACAAUAAAAAACUUUUGAAAAGAUACCAGGCGCAUAUUAAUGUUGAAUGGUGCUGUGCUGACAAAGCUACUUUUGCUGUGAUACAUAGUAACAGAUUACAAGAUCAAGAUAAGCCAAAAGAUGAAAUCAAAGAAUAUUAUGAUUGUAGAUAUCUUUCAGCAUGCGAAGCAUCUUGGAGGAUAUUUGCAUAUGACAUCCAUUAUAGGUAUCCUUCUAUUAUGAGGCUUUCUUUCCAUCUUCCUGGUCAGCAACAAGUCAUAUAUGGUGCAGACGAUGAUAUUGAUAUUAUCCUCAAUAAACCAACAGUUGGUUCUUCCAUGUUUUUAUCCUGGAUGGAGUGUAACCAAAAGGAUGUACCAGGAGCACGCAAGCUUACUUAUGUUGAAUUCCCUUCAAAGUUUGUCUGGAAACUUGAAAAAAGAUGUUGGAAACCACGUAUAAAAGGAGUUUCAAUUGGUAGAAUUCAUUCAGCUCCUCAUUCUCUUGGUGAAGCCUAUUUUCUAAGGAUUCUUUUAAACAAAGUUAGGGGGCCGAAAUCAUUUGAAGACAUCAGAACCGUAAAUAGAGAAGUGUUUCCUACGUUUAGAGAUGCAUGUUACGCGCUUGGUCUGCUAGAUGAUGAUGCGGAGUAUAUCGAGGCGAUUAAAGAAGCAAGUUUUGAUGGUUCCGGUUUUUAUGUCCGCGCUUUAUUUGCCACAAUGUUACUAUCAAAUACUCUUUCUAGACCAGAUUUUGUGUGGGAAAACACAUGGAAAUACUUAUCAGAUGACAUUGUUUACAGACAAGCAAAGAUAUUUCGAGGGGUUUCAGUUCCUGAUGCAUGA